AUGGCGCUGGUCACGGAGCGCGAGCUGGAGGACUACGACGUCGCCCACGGCGCCGACGAUUUCGCGCUGAAGCCGCCGAACCCCACGGAGCUCGCCCUUCGCGUCACCCAGCUCCUCCGCCGCCUUCGCGGCCGCGAAGGCUCCGAGACCAUCCACAGCGGUGACCUCGUCAUCGACCAGACGCGCUAUGAGGUCACCGUCUCCGGCCACCGCGUCCUGCUCACCUUCAAGGAGUACGAGCUGCUCCGGCUGCUGGCCCAGAACCCCGGCCGCGUCUUCUCUCGAGAGGAGUUGCUCUCACGCGUCUGGGGCUACGAGUACUUCGGCGGCACCCGCACCGUGGACGUCCACGUGCGGCGGCUUCGGAGCAAGGUGCAAGACGCAAACCACACCUUCAUCGAGACCGUCUGGAACGUCGGCUACCGCUUCAAGCCUGUCGCCUAG